AGCGCCCGCCCCGCCCCUCCCCGCUGGUGCUGCCACCGCCUCUGGUGGCUACAGGUUGGGGUUGAAUCUGUCAGGGGGAGAAGCGAAGCCCGAGGCGGGGCGAGCUCGGAGCGCAGCCAGGGACUGAGGCCUGGAGAGGGACAUGGCGGCGCUCUACGCCUGCACCAAAUGCCACCAGCGCUUCCCCUUCGAGGCGCUGUCCCAGGGGCAGCAGCUGUGCAAGGAGUGUCGUAUUGCACAUCCUAUGGUUAAAUGUACCUACUGUCGGACUGAAUUCCAGCAGGAAAGUAAGACCAAUACGAUAUGCAAGAAAUGCGCUCAGAAUGUAAAGUUGUAUGGAACACCCAAGCCUUGUCAGUAUUGCAACAUCAUUGCAGCAUUUAUUGGCAAUAAAUGUCAGCGCUGUACAAACUCAGAGAAGAAGUAUGGACCACCAUACUCUUGUGAACAGUGUAAACAACAGUGUGCCUUUGACAGGAAGGAUGACAGAAAAAAGGUGGAUGGGAAGUUGCUGUGCUGGCUGUGUACGUUGUCAUACAAGCGAGUCCUACAGAAAACCAGAGAGCAGCGGAAGCACCUGAGCAGCUCAUCCCGAGCAGGCCACCAAGAGAAGGAACAGUAUAGCCGGCUGAGUGCCGGGAGCCAUUUUAACAGCCAAAAAACACUGUCUACAUCUUCGAUUCAGAAUGAAAUUCCAAAGAAGAAACCUAAGUUUGAUGCUAUCACAGCUAAUGGAGACAGCGUUCCUUCCUCUUACGAGCUGCUUUGUCCUAAUAUCCAGAGUGCCCCGUCCGUGUUGGUGCAGUGGGCUGCUUCCCAACAGAGUCUUGGUGCCAACCAUUAUCCUGUUCCUCCAGGCACUGGCAUCCUGAACUUUUCACCAGACUUAGCUCUGGACUCUCCAGGCACUGAUCACUUUGUCAUCAUUGCCCAGCUAAAGGAAGAAGUGGCCUCACUUAAGAAGAUGCUCCAUCAGAAGGACCAGAUGAUCUUAGAAAAAGAGAAGAAGAUCACUGAAUUGAAAGCCGAUCUGCAGUACCAGGAGUCUCAGAUGAGAGCCAAGAUGAAUCAGAUGGAGAAAACCCACAAAGAAGUAACAGAGCAGUUACAGGCCAAAAACCGAGAGCUUUUGAAGCAAGCAGCAGCUUUGUCAAAGGGCAAAAAGUCUGAGAAGUCGGGAGCAAUGACUUCUCCGUGAAAAAUGGUCUGGGAGCUUCUUGAGCGGCAGCUAUGUGGAGUCUUGGGCUGGCCUGGAGGCAUGGCUGUGCCAGGAGCUGCCAGCUUCCCUGGGAAUCUCCUGUUUAUACUCUGGCUGUGGGCAGGGUGGGAACACCUGGUGUGUUGCAUUAGGAUCGCAUGCUGGAGGGUGUCAGGGUUAAAUGGUAUCUCUCUAUUUUUUGUACUGCUUUUUGUUUUUUAUAGUGGUAACUGCUCAUUGUUUUGUGCAGAAGGAAUUAUUUUCCCCACCCCUGCAUCCUGCAGUUCCCAUAAGGAAAUAGUUUGGCAUUGGGUAAAUACUAUCACUGCCACCUUUUGAACUCAGAAGCUGCCACCCUAACAGGACUUAACACAAUGGAGGUUUCCACUCUCCAUUAAAAUUGCUGCUUCAGGGGAUACUUUUUUUUCCCAGGUAUUUUAUGAACUUUGUACUAUGUAUAGACAGAGGUUUAUUUAUUUAAAAAACAAAAAAAACGAAAACCCUUUUUCUUGAGAAAGGGAAAUACUCAGACCAGCUAGUUCUCUCUGUGACAAAGCUGUGAUAACUAUUGGAAAAACCACCCCAAUCUCCAUUUAGGCUACAGAAAAGGAUGUCAAUCUCAUCUGGUUUAAUGCCUAGUUGUUUCAUAAUGUUGAUGGUUAAGGUGAGUGAAACAGUCAGAUUCAGAAGUGUGGUAUUAGGUGCUUUUUUUUUUUUAGGACCCCUUGAGAAAAGGGCAUCUGAGGAGACAUUUUAGGAGGGAACAGGGAUUUCAGAAGUCUGUCUCUUUAGAUGAUGGCAGAAAGUUUUGUCCAGGUUGUACUGGACAUCCUCACUUUCCUAAUCAUUUAAUGUAAUUAAUUUUGAAUUCUUUCACACUGCCAUUUAUUUGCUUUGUAAAUCCCUUUCCUUUCCAACACCAGUUGUCAGAUCAAGUCAUUGCCAAGGAACAUCCUGAAUGGGAAAAGCUGCAAAUAGUGCAUGUCUUCAAAUAAGAAGAGCAUCUCAGGAUGGGCCAUUUGAGUCAGAAGGAAGCAUUGAGUGUGUGUACUGCUGAGUGUGUGUGUGUGUGAGAGAUAGAGAGAGAGAGAGAGACCAUCCUCAGGUUCUGAUGGAAAUAAAAUAAAAUGGAAAGAUGUGUUUCUUGGAUAUAGUCCAUCCUCAGUGUUGUCCAAGAAGACUCAAUGACUUGUCUUCAGUAGGGAAAUUGUGUUGUUUGUUGCAUAGUGGGUAUGGAUUUGCAGUUCCAUUUGCAUACUCUUAAUAGGCCCCACCUUUGUGUUACCCCAGUAUACAUUUGAAAGAAAUCCACCUGGGAUUAGGAUUUGCAGUCAGGGCCAUGAAAUAUGCUAAGUAACCUCUAUAGGUUACCCAUUACCUUGGCCUCAUUAGUCCAUCAGGAUACAACCAACAGAACUAAUCAGAUGCCAGGUCAGAAUUUGAAGUGAGAACAAUGGAGGGGUGUGUGUGUGUGUGUGUGUGCACGCCAGGUCAGAAUUUGAAGUGAGAACAAUGGAGGGGUGGGUGGGGGUGUGUGUGUCUGUGUGUGUGUGCGGGCACGCGCGCGUGCAUGUGUGAUGUAUGGGUGGUUAGAAGAGAUGAAUGAGUCUAAACUACCAUGAUUAUAGGUAUGAGUUCAGCCUCCUUGCAUUUUUUAGAAGCAGAGUAUUACAGUUAAGAAUAGAGUAUACUGGUGGCUUAAUAUUAUAGCUAUUUCCAGGUCUGUUGACAUCUCAGAAAUCUCGCAGAUAGAUUAACAAAAUUGGAAAAAAACAGAUCUGGAAGUGGAUAUCUUUGCCUUACGUAGAAGGAGUAUAAAUAAACUUAUGUGUAUUGUCCAUACAUUGCUGUCAUUUGAAAUGCUAGGUUCCCUUCCAAACAAGGGGGACCAGCAGUACCAGUUAGUUUUGUAUAUUUUUGAAUCAGAACAUUUAAAUAAAGAAGGUCAGACAAUACUUUUCAGGUACAUUUGCUCAGACUUUAAAGAAAAGGUUGAAAAAAUGUGAUACUGUUUUUUAAACCUUAGAAAUUGAGAAAUUGUUACAUCAAGUGUGAUACCAUAAAAUUACAAGUUUAGUUUUGUACUAAAUCUUUUUUAAAAGUCUUCACAUUUAAUAUGAAGCAAAUUCACACAUUUUCUAACUUUCCUUAGAUUUCAAAAGGGAGGGAGGGGGCCCCUGGAUUUGAAAUUUUGGUUUUUAAAAUCAUGAUGCUGUUUUAUCAUGAAAUUGAAUAGGUGACUUUUAGUAACACCAUUGUUUCUUUGUAUGUUUGUAAUAAUGGAAAUUUUGAAAUGCCAGAAUGCUUUGGUUUGUACAGACUUUGACAGAUAUAAGAGUGUAAAAAUUCAUAUUGACUGAAAUACAGUUUUUUUCUAUUCA